AUGUCGAACAAUUUCGAUAAAGCAGACGUAGUAUCGACAGACAUCGUACCAGUCGAAGGCUAUGCUGAAGAGAAGAAUGGGCCACAUGAAUUCGAUGAUCUCUACGUCGAUCCUGUCGAGGACAGCAAGUUAACCAGGACUCUUGAUUUAAGAAUUCUGCCAUUGGCUACGGCGAUGUACUUCUUUUCCUCUCUCGACAGGUCGAAUUAUUCCAACGCGAAAACCGAUGGAAUGACAACCGACUUGCAUUUCCCCACUGAUGGAUAUGCUAUUGUCCUUUCGAUCUUUUAUGUCUUCUUUUCUUUUUGCGGUAUACCUGCAAUGAUUCUCACACGAUACUUUGGUGCUCAUCGGACACUUCCACUCUUCAUGUUAGGGUUCGGUUCGAUGUCGAUGAUCAACGCAGCUGCUCCAAAUCUUGCCAGCUCCAUCGUCAUCCGAACUCUUCUGGGUGUAUUCGAAUCUGGUUUCGCUUCAAGUUUAAUCUUCUAUCUCACCACCUUCUACAAGCGAGAUGAGCUAGCACGAAGAAUCGCAUGUUUCUACUCUUGUCUCGCUUUGGCGGGUGCUUUCAGUGGUCUUCUCGCUUACGGCGUCUUCGGCAUCGACAAUGAAACCCUUCAUGGAUGGCAAUACCUUUUCUUGAUUGAAGGUGGAGCUACUGUUGUUGCUGCGACUGCAUCUUGGUUCCUCCUUCCCAAAUCUGCUGCUGAGGCUAAAUUCCUCACACCCGAGCAAAAGGUCAUCGCACGAAAGCGACUCUUGAUGGACUCCACUCAAGAAGUUGAUACUCAAUUCAAUGCCAAAAAAUUCUUCAGUCCACUAUUGGAGACCAAAUUCUGGUUAUUCGCUCUUAUAGCUAUCGGUUACGGUACCGCAUCCACCGUUGCGAGUAAUUUCUUGUCCAUCAUUAUCCAACGUUUCAAAUACUCAGUAGUCAAGACAAAUUUAUGGACAGUAGCGCCAAACUUCUUUUCCGCUAUCUGUCUGGGAGUAAGUUGUUACUUGUCCGAUCGAUUCCGAUGUCGGUCAUGGUAUCUCCUCAGUGCGCUUUGCAUGACUUGCACUGGUUGUAUCAUCUUGGCUUGUUUGCCCAUCUCAGCCAAGGUAGCAGGAUACUUUGCUACCUUUUUGAUCGCCGGAGGAGCUUUCACACCAUCGGUCUUGUUCCACUCCUGGCAUCAGAACAAUGAUGUCGGGUUAGACUCUAGAGGUUUCCGAGUAGCAGCCUUGACAGCUUUCGCCAAUACUGGUGGUCUGGUCAGUGCCAAUAUAUUCCUGACACGUUUUGCUCCCAAGUAUGUCAUCCCUCUCAUAAUCACAGCAGUAUUAGAAGGAAUGGCAAUCACGAUCGUACUUAGUCUUCGAUUGCAUUGGGGUCGCCUCAAUAAGAAAAGGAACUCCGAACAAGGAGUCAAUUGGACUUCCAAAGACGUUCCAACAGAAGUUUUGGCUGCUGGUCCAGCAGAUCCUAGAUUCAGAUAUUUCUUGUAG